UGGCAGAAGUGGCGCCCGACGCCUGCGCUCUUCCCCUAGCUCUUGUCUCUGGGGCGUUGGUUCGCGUACCUACGAGCUCAUCCGCCCGACUUGGCUCAUGGCUCCUGCGAUCCUGACACCUCUCCUGCCUCUCUGUGUGUGUCUGCUGCUGGCAUGUGGCUGUGCCCGGGCAGGUAAGCUGCUGGUGGUGCCCAUGGAUGGGAGCCACUGGUUUACCAUGAAGUCAGUUGUGGAGAAACUCAUCCACAGAGGGCACGAGGUGGUGGUCGUCAUGCCUGAGGUGAGCUGGCAACUGGGACGGUCGCAGGAUUUCACAGUGAAGACUUACUCCACGUCUUACACGCUGGAGGAUUUGAACCGUGAGUUCAAGAUUUUCAUUGAUACUCAGUGGAAGGCUGAAGAAUACAACAUAUUUUCUGUAUUAAGCAAUUCAGCCAAAGACUACUUUGAAUUGCUGUUUUCAAAUUGUAGGAGUUUGUUUAAAGACAGGAAGUUAGUAGAAUACUUAAAGGAGAGUUCUUUUGAUGCAGUGUUUCUGGAUCCUUUUGACGUGUGUGGCUUAACUGUUGCCAAAUACUUCUCUCUCCCAUCCGUGGUCUUCGCCAGAGGAAUAUUUUGUCACUAUCUUGAAGAAGGCACUCAGUGCCCCAGCCCCUCUUCUUAUGUCCCCAGACUUUUCAUGAGAUUGACAGACAGCAUGACUUUCCUGCAGAGAGUGCAGAACCAUGUCUCCUACAUGAAGGAGCACGCCUUUUGCCCCUACUUUUUCCAAAGUGCUGUGGAGAUUGCCUCUGAAGUUCUCCAAACCCCAGUGACCAUGACUGAUCUCUUUAGCCACACAUCCGUCUGGCUGUUGCGCACUGACUUCGUCCUAGAGUUCCCCAGACCUGUGAUGCCCAAUGUCGUCUUCAUUGGCGGGAUCAACUGCCACCCGGGAAAGCCGCUCCCUCAGGGAACAGUGUUAGUCCUGUGGGAGGUGGAGGAAGCCAUGAAGAAAAACUACCAAGUUGUCAAGGAGUACGCCAUUGGGUGCUGGACAGAAACACAGACACACCAGAGAUACAGGCCCCGGGGAAAAGUGAAAUAG